CUAUUGAAGUAGGGUUGAAGAAGGUAAGUUUGGCGAUGGAUGAUGAUGACAAGAUUGUUGAUGCUAAAGGGAAAACGGAUUCUUCUGAGUCUGAGAGCGAAACCUCAAACUCUUCCUCAAGCAGUUGUGCUAGUGGUAGCAGUGAGGAAGAGGAGAGUGAUGAAGAUGAGAGCGACCAAGAGGAAAAUAACAAGGAAAAGAAGUUUGAAGAUCACAUGGUCUUGGGGAAAGAGGAUGAUCUAGCAAGGGAACUUGAAGAGGGUGAGAUAGAGAAUUUAGGUGAGGAGUAUGGGGAUGACGAAAUUGAGGUUGUUGAAGAUGAUGAUGACGAUGAUGAUGAUGAUGAUGACGAUGAUGAAGUGAAUGAGAUGAUUGCUUGGAGCAAUGAUGAGGAUGAUGACUUCGGUUUGCAAACAAAAGAACCUAUAAGGUCAAAGAAUGAACUCAAGGAGCUUCCUCCAGUUCCAGCUGUGGAUGUCACUCUGGAACCGCAUCAUGCCACACUUCCUGUUGGAGUUGUUCUUUCGAUAAUGAGCACACAAGUAAUAGUUGAGGGAAUGGAAAAGCACAGUCCUUUGACUGAAGGUUCUAUCCUCUGGUUAACUGAAAAAAGAACCCCAUUGGGACUGGUGGAUGAGAUCUUUGGACCCGUAAAAUGCCCUUACUAUAUUGUGAGGUUCAAUUCAGAGAGCGAAGUGCCAGAGGGGAUUAGUCAAGGAACACCUGUCUCUUUUGUCGCAGAUUUCGCUCAACAUAUCCUUAAUAUCAAGGAACUGCAGAAGAAAGGUUACGAUGCAUCUGGGGAUAACGACGAGGAGAUACCAGACGAGCUAGAGUUCUCAGAUGAUGAAAAAGAAGCUGAAUACAAAAGAAUGCAGAAGAUGGAGAAGAGAGGGAUGAUGAAUGACCAAAAACCUGGUAAUACAAGAAACAAGAAGAAGAAAAACCGAGAUCUCGGAAGGCCUACAAACAAUUCCUCAGGAGAAUGGACAGAGAACCAGGGAGCUAGUUCUCUAACCUCAAGCCGUUCUGAUCCUCAGAUGGGUGGUCCGGUUCCAACUCUUCUUCCGCGUCCUCAAAUGGACGGUUUUCCUCCAAACAAUGCAGCAUGGAGGCCCCAAAGUAAUCAGCAGCACCCUUACCAGUUUCCUCCUAUACCUAAUCAGAUGGGAAUGCACAAUCUAGCCCCAAUGCAGAUACCUUUGAUGGCUAUGCAGAGUCAAAAUCAAAUGAUGUUCCAACCACAAUUCAAUGGUGGCCAGAUGCCAAUGCCAAUGCCAGGUGGACCUGGAGGCUUAAACUUCUUUCCAGGCCAGGCUUCAGCGCCAUGGCCUGCAAUGGUUGGUCAGAACUGUUUCAACCAACCCUUUGGGAUGGGUCGCGGUAUUCAGCAGCAGCCAUUACCGAAUGAGCUGAAUUUUAAUCUGUUUUCUCAAGGUCUUCAGAUGCACCGGCCACAGUCUCAAAUGCACGGGCCACAGUCUCAGAUGAAUCCACAGUUCCAAAUGCCACCACAGUUCCAAAGCCACCAGCAAUCUCCAAUGAACCCGCAGCACCAAAUGAUGCACCCACCACAGUCUCCAAUGAACCCGCAGUUCCAAAGGCAACCACAAUCUGAUAUGAGACAAAACCCGCAGUCACCAACUAACUCGCAUUCCCCAGUGCAAACACAGUCUCAAGGGUUUAGCAGCGGGCAGUCUUCUGAACGGGGAAGGGGGUUCCGUGGUCGUGGUAGAGGUAGAGGUCGAGGUCGGGGUAGGGGUCGCUUUGGACGUGGUCGAGGUAGGCAACAGUCGGGCUGAAACUGUUUCUUGUGAAGCAUUUUUGAUGUGUGUCAAAAAUAGGCUUUAUGUAGUUUUUGUAUGCCAGUUUUCUGACUCUAAAAAAGAAAAACAAAGCUAUGAUGAUAUUUCUUCUUGCACCAGAUUUUUUUUUUUCUU